AUGAAGCUGGACGCGAGAGAAGAGGUGGUGAACUCACAAGGCCCGAGCGGCUGUCGGAGGAAGCACGGAACACAGGCUGCUUCCCCUCCACAGAGACGCCUUUCGCCUCUCGUCUCGCAAAAGGCCUUGGGACCACACACCGCUGCCUGUUUUCCCCUCCUGGCAGAAGCUGAGGGCGGCUGCGGCGUCUCGUGCCUGGCGCUCUUGGGCCAGCCGAGAGCUUUCACCGCGGCGGGUCCAUCUCGUGUGGCGAGGAGAGGAGACGGAAAGCGACUCCCGUACUCGUAUUCGAUGGAGUCUUUCUUCUCUGCGGCUGGCGCGUCACCCUCGUCGGUCGAUAACCAGGGAACUGCGGAGCCCAGCCCUUCUUCCUCUUGCCUUUCCUCUCUCUCUCGAACUGCUGGCCUCACCGCGCCUCUCGCAGUCUCAGAGAGCCGGUCUCUCCCACAUGUCCGACGACUUCUUUCAGUGCGACGAACCUUGUCAGAAGAAGGGUUCCUCUCUCACUCCACUUUUCUCUUAUCUUCAUCUCUGCCGCCGGGCUCUUCUUCUUCUUUCUUCCAGUCGCUUUCGCCGUGUCUUAUCGCAGAGGUCGGGCGCUUCCUUUCUCCUCCGGAUCUCGUCUCCCUCUCGUUGUGCGCCCGUGAUCUUCUCUGGCUCUCUCGUUGUUCGUUUCUUUGGCGGCGUUGCUGCUUCCAGGAGGGCUUCGCUGCGCGGUGGCGCGAACAACUGCCUCCCUCGUCGGCGUGUGCUCAAGCAAGUGCACACGUCUCGUGUCUGCCGCCUUUCGGCGCUUUCCACCAACGCGAAGAGCCUCAUUUCGCUUCAUGCGCAAGAGUGAACCGAACCUUUCGGCAUCCGACGGAGAGGGAAGGACUCCAUCUGUGCAGCGACAGCUGCUACCCCACUCUGGCGAAUGGUGCUGACCUCCGUCCGACGAGCUGUCGCCCGACGGCCGUCUCUUUGGUUUCGACGCACGAUUCCGCUGUGCCUGCCUCCAGCUGCGUUCUCUUGUCGGAUGACGCCGAGGAGCCUCUGUGCGACUUUCGUGGAGCGCUAGAGAGUCCGCGGACUCGGCGCAGAAGACAGUCUCCGAGGCAUGGCGCGCGAGGAGUUGAUGAAAAAACGCGGAAAGCCGGGGCAGGGCGAGAUUGCUGGCCAGACAGGGACGAAGGCCGUACCGACGUGCCGCAAGAGGAGCUCUGUUGUGGGGAUGUCGACGCCCGCCUGUGGAAAUGGGCGAGAACAGCGGCUUCCCGCGCCCAAGAGGACGACGCGUCCACACGAGAUUUGCUGUUCAUCAACUGGAAGCGUCUCUACGUCUUGAACGCUUCUGGGGGUAGGAGGACCGCAGGCGCACGUGGACGAGGUGACGCCUUCCUUCCUGGUUCUUUUUCUUCCUCGUUUUCUCCGAAUCUCCUUCAGAGCUUUGCGAGAGAACCCAGGUCAGUAUGCGUGGUUCGCGUCGGCUCCGUUGACCUCCUUCUUCCCCUUCCGCCUUUGCCUCGCAGAGCGCUUGAAGAUGUAGACGCUCUCGACGCGUCUCUUCCCUGCUUCGUCGCGUCUCCGUUUUCGCAACCCCCGCAGCCUAAAAGAGACGGUGACACCGGUUGCCGUCGCGACUCCUUGCCGCCGGAGGAUCCCACGCAGAACCCGAGUGCUUCGCCUUCUGGUGCCUGUUCGCCUUUUCCGGCCAGAGAAAAAGGAGUGGAGAGCAGAGAAGGCCUGGAACUGGACACGGACGCGGAGAAGCUUCUGCGCAGCAACGGAGACAGAGACGUUCUCACUUGUCCACGAGAGAGCGUCUGCGCAUGCAUGGAGAAAAGGGGAAGCGGUAGGAGCGCGAAAGUGAACGCGCCGGUUGGACCUGGUCCUUUCCCCUCUGGCGCCCCUCACCUGGCGGGCCAGCAGAGACAGGCGCGCAGCCGCGUGUCCCUGCCACUCGCUCCCCGAGCGCUCGCCUCCCGCUCCCAUCGCCUCGUGCUCCAGGAGGACAGGGGGACGCGGGAUAGAGACAACAGCUUAGAGCCGGAUCUGCUGGUCCUCGCCACUCCCAGUGGACGACGGCCACAGAUCCCUGCCCUCACCUCAGCUGCUUCGUGUGACGCCUCCUUUUCCGCGCGCGUGCUCCACGAGAUAGUCGCGUCCCUGCUGUCUCCAGAAGACCGCACCCUUUCGGGCCGCCUGCGCUACCUGAGGGCCGGGCGUCCCGGCCUGCUGGUGCUCGACACCGACGAGCUUUGCCCGCUCCAGCACUUUUUGUUCGAGCGGCCUGUCGCUCUCGCGGCGCCGUGCUUCGUUUCGAGAGAAAGCGAGGACUGCGAGAGGAGGGCCAGAGCCCUCGCGGCUUCGCCGUCCGCCCGUCCUGAUGCCUCCGCUGCGUGUGCACCUGUCUCUUCCGGCCGUCUGCGUGCUCGGCGAGCCGUCGUGCUCGACUGGCCGCUGCCGCCCUCCAGAGACAGUUGCCGCGACCUGUCUCUCCUCGCCCCUUCUUCUGCGCUGCACUCGCCGUCCUCUUCUCUGUGUGCGGGGGAGGCGGCGCGUCCACUCUCGGGCCGCGCCACGCGCGUCGCUGGAGACACCACCGGCGGCCUUGCCUUGUCUCUCGCGAGCCUUCCUUGCUCGGCGUGGGUGCCGAGCGGCCGGCGAAGGCCUGGAGGCGCGCGAAGAGACAGCCAGGCCGUUCCGUCUCGACCGCGUGCAGGCGCGCGCUUUAGGCCCGACCACCGUCUCCGUGCGUGGGGCCCUGGGUCUGCCUCUCCGCCGGGAGAAGAGACGGCUUCUUCGGAUUCCGAGGCCGGAGCCUUCGUGGCAGAGCGAGUCGCCCGGUUUCUCCUUGGCUGUCGCUCGCGUCUCUCGCCGUCUUCUGAUGCAUCAUCCCCGUCCUUCCUCUCCGCCGUCUCUCUCCACGCCACUCAGCGCUCCAGCGACGACUCCCGCCACGACGCCGAGACACGGUGGCUCUGUGUCCCCUCCGGCCUCGCGCCUGCGCCGCAAAGGCUUCUCUGUUCGGGCGCCGAGGUCGCGGCGCAAGCGACCGCUCUCGUCGCGAACGCCUUCGAACCUCUCUGGUCGGGUCACCCCACAGCGGCUGCAGCGGGCGUGUUGCUCGCGUCCCUUGUCGCGGCCUUCACAGCGAGUGUCUCUGGAGCCCUGGCAGCGGCGGCGACUGCGGCGGCCGCGGUCGUGGCGGCCCGUGGGGGCGCGGGGGCCUGCUCAGCUGCAGCCGCGUUGUCCUCUGCAGCCGUUCACAGCGACUACGCCUUUGACGAGGAAGACGAGGAGGGACAUGAGCAGGACGGCCUCGCGACGCUGUUUGCUUUUCUGUUUCUGGAAAACUCGCACUACCACCAUCAGCUAUCCGCUGCGCACGAAGACAGGCACGCAAAUGCACAGGCAGCGACCGCGCCGUCCGUCGCCGCUUCUUCCGCGCAGAGCCGACAAACCGUCGGUGGGGGGGUGGACGGAGACGCAGCCGGGCGAGCGGCGGUGGCGGAGCGGCGCUGGGGCGAAGGGGACCCCCCGCACGGUGCAUCAGAGGCAGGAGGAGAUGGGGCGUGCGGGGAAGGAGACAGCGGAGACGGACAGCGGUUCAACGAGGCGAGCUUCUUAAAGCUCCUGUCUCCUGGGCUCGUCGCUCUCUUCUCCAACGUCUCCUUCUCUUCUUGGAUCGCUGCCUGCUUUCAGCUCGUCGCUGUUUCGCGGCUGCUUUCGGUCCUCGAUAGCCGAGGCGGGGCCCGCCCGGCGUCCAGCGGCUUUGCUUCACGGGCUGGAGGGGAGGAGACAGGGCGAGGCCGGGGGCCUUGGGGCGACGCAUACGCAGCCGAAGAGACCUGCGAGACGCGCGGCGAGGGGGAAGAGGCGCCAGCGACGAGAAGCCUCGGCUCUGUGUCUGCGAGCCUCUCAGAGGGCCAAGGGCGACUCGCCAGUUUGCCGCCGUUGAGGCUGCGCAAACGCUCGCCGGUGGCGCCGAGCCAGUCACUGUUGGGUUUGACGCGACGAGGGGCGCAGAAAAACGUCCGAGAAAGCGCCGGAGUCGCCGCCGCCGCGGGCCUCACCGCCUGGAUCGCUCUAGCGGCGACGGGAAGCCCGGGCGCGGCUGCGGCUCUGGCGGCGACUGCCUCUUUCGUGGCCUCGGGAAAGGCCAAGUUCGACGGCUCCACCUGGGUGAUCGGAGGCGGCGAGGGACAGGAGACCGAGCGCGGAAAGAGAGUCGCCGCGAGAGGACUGCACAGACGCGAACCGUGCCAGGCAACCGAGGCACACUCAGAGCGAGAAACCGAAGAGGCAGACGAAGGCGGAGACCACGAGGAGGAAGAAGCGCGGAGAAGACAAGGAGACCGAAGAGAUAGAAGAGAAGGAGAAGGAAGAGAAGGAGAAGGGGCGCAGCGGUUGAAGCUGCGAGUGGCGAGGCCCCGCGUGGACGCAGAAGGAAGCGCUGAGGUUCUUCCUGAUGCGCUCUCGGGCAGUCGUCGCGCCUUGGGCGACACGAAGGAGGGAUGCGAUGCUACAGAGCGCCGGGUGCGUGAGGAACACGAACCUCAGGGGGGAGAACGAGGCGGGGAAAGGCCGCUUUCCGCUCGCCCCGUUUCGUUCCUUCCUCGAACGCCGGCGCCUGCGUCCCGCCCAGAUGAGAGCUCUCAACAGGGUGUGGGGCCCCGACAACCUGCCAAGGGCGGUUCGGCCAGGAGCCUUGCGCGGUCGCAUGCAGCGCAAAACGAAGGCCACGAGACGGCCUUCUGCGUCACUCCCUCUUUGCUCUCUCGGCUGCUUCACGCGCCGCUCGCCUCUGCGCAUCGCCUGGGCGUUCCCUCGCCAGCCCUGCUUCUCUUCCUGCGCGUUCGCCUCCCCAGUGUGUCCCGCUGGACUGUCUCCUCGUGUGGAGAUUUCUCUCAAGUCUGUGUCUAUCGCUCUUCUCUCUGCGGCGCCGCACAGGGGCCCUGGGCGGUCGGACCUUGCUGCGAGCGCGACGCGCAAAAGAGGCUGCCUCCGUCUCGUCUUCCAGAGCCAGGCGUCGCGCGGGUGCGUUCGACUUUGAGAGAGAGGCGGAACUGGCGGCCGGUGCUCGCAUCCGAAGAAGUCGAGGUAGGCCUUCUUCUGAGUCGCGAGGCGACGAUCAAGGAUCUCUGGAUCCACAUCUUCGUCUCGCUUCGUGAGCGAGGACUCCUGCCUUGGAGUGGGGGGGAUGUGGAAGACGAAGACGUCCCCGGCAUGCGUGCUGCUGGGAAACAGAACGCGUCGGCAGACUCGCAAGACACAGAGCGCGCGCCCUCGCUUUUUCCGGCCUCGACCUCUCCACAGUUGCGCGGCGACGUGGCAGACGCAGAGAUAGGGAAGGCGCCUGCCGUCUUCGGGCAGCGGGAGAGGCGGGGCCCGAAGGGCGGAGACACGGAAACACGGAGGAUGGAGCCGUCGCGGCAAAAAGAGACCGACGAGAGUAGACAACCCGCGAGCGCACGGAGUGGCGCCAGUGCGGACGACCCUGACCGACCCCAGAAAAAAAGGAGACAUGAUAAGCAUGUGGGACUGAAGAAAACGCUGUUCCGUGCGUGGCUGGUCUCCUCUGCUCCUGCCUUGUCGGCCCCAUCUGCGCCGAGUCUUCAGGCCCAGCCGCCGCCGGAGGCCUACCUCGUUCGGGACUGUCGGUUCUUCUUCGGGGAGCGUCUGUGCCUUGUUCUCGCUCCAGUCCCCUUUUCGACUGUCGCUGCGCACCCGCCCCUGCCUCCGCCUCUCGUCCUCAGCCUGGACCUGCCGCUUGGAAGCCCUCACGCUGCUCGUUCCUCGCCGGUCGUCGCGGAAGAGGGAAAACUGCGUGGGGCAGGAUGCACGGCUGGUGGGAGGUCGGCAGAGCUCGUUUCUUCCCUUCCGCGGCUCCUCGCCCGCUCUUCCGUCAACGCGGACGAGGCGAGCGAAGGCCAGCGGAAGACGGAAGGCACCGCUCUCUCCCUUGCCUCGGACGCCUCUCGCCGCCCCUCCAGUCGGGGUCUCGAAGAGGAGAAAGGAGGUUCCGCGAGGGGGAGAGCGUCAGGCGUUCUCGAGGAACGGACCGCAGAAAACCGGAGAACGGGCGAGAAGCAAGACGCGCGCAGGGUCCGUGAAGGCGCGGUCGGGCGGCCAGGGGAUCGUGAGAGAGCAGGAGAAACGACUGGGCAGAGAUUCGUGGACGAAGCUCCAGAGAGUGUAGGACCGUCUCGGUGUUUGCAGAGAGCGCAGGCAUCGAGGGAUGCAUUACCCGGUGGGUUACCCGCUUCUGCAUCCGGGCGCGGUCCGUCCUGGCCCGAUUCGUCUCUGCACGCAGCUGCAGCAUGGCUAGGCGCCCUGCGUGUGGCACUAGAGGAGCCGGAGCGCGGAAGUCCGGUGUUUGUUCUUUGUCGAGACGCUUUUCCGGUGUCGAACGAGGGACGAAAGGCCGGCGCUCUUGGCUCGUCCGGCCGCUCGCAAGUCGAGCGCCUCGCUCAGCGUCCACUCCGCGCGUCUCCCUCACCUGCUGCCCCGUCAGCUUCUGUCGCGCCGUCGGAGACUCGCAAAGAGACGGGAGAGACGAGACCAGCAGGCUCGACUGUCGAGAACUCCAGGGACGCGCCCAGCCGUUCCGUUCCCUCUGCAGGGAAUGGUGAAGAAGGCAGCAGCGGGGAGCCGCUCGCUGCCUAUCCGAGGGCGACGCGCGACAGUUCUGUUUCGCGAGAAAACCUGGAAAGAAGAAGUCUUGCGUGCUCCCGUCGCUUGCUUCGUUCGACCGCCGACGCGCGACAGUUCGAAUUCCACCCUGACCUUCCAGAUGUGAUUCUCAGCGGCCACAAAGACGGAUCGAUCCAGAUCAUCGACAGCCGACGCGACUGCGCUGUCGCGGGGCUAGCUGUGGACAGCGGCCCGAUUCUGGGUUUGACUUGGCUCCACCAUCACCCUGGGCGACUCGUGUGCGCCGCGAGUGCGACCGGAGCGCCGUACUACGUGGCGUGGGACUUGGCGCAGUUCCUCGGCGAGGCAGCGUGGCUCGGAGACAGAAGACGGGAGCGAGGUUGGAGCCGGAGGUUCAAGAGUCCUGGAGAACGGGAGAGGGGGCUCGGGCGAAGGCGCGACAGGCCGAUCUCGCAUGUUGACAGGGACGGUUUCUCUUCAACGGAAGCUGAGGAUGUCGGCCUCGCAGAGGCGUGCAGCAGCGCUGAGGACAGCGAAGGAGACUCUUCAGAUGAAGACUUCGCGCCCCAGGGGCGAGAGGCGACUGCCCCACGAGCGGCGCGCUGCUCCGUGAGCCACACGGCUUCUCCUGGCGCUUCUCGCUUUCCUCGCCAGCGAGAUGAACAGUCCGGAGGUUCGCGUCGUGGUGGGCCUUUUGGAGCUUGGAGGUCGUCUUCGUCGCGUUCCUCGUCUCUGCGCGUGGUUCACACGGGCGUCUCUUUCGAUCAGCAGCUGAGCUCGCUGUCUGUGUCGUGCACCGACGACUUCCUUCUUCUCUCCGGCUUCAGCCCCGACCUCAGUCUUCACGACAUCGCGACGGGGCAGCGCCUCGGGACUCUGCAGCGCCUCCACAGCGGCUCCAUCAACACUGUGCGUUUCUCGUCGUGUUCGCCCCACAUUUUCGCCACAGCUUCAUUUGACCAAACGUGCAAGGUGUGGGACCUCCGCCAGCGGAUUGGGCUCUCAGCCUCCCCGGGCAAGACGGCCGCGCUGGGAGCCUGCGAGGGGCCGCGCGCGAGCCCGAGACAGCCGCGGCUCGACGCGCAAGUCCCGGGAAGUCUCUUAGGCGACUUUCGACGGAGGCCCUGGCCGCCGUCUAGGGACCGCGGAGCGAGCUCGGCGGUGCCCGUCCAGGCCUUCCCCACUGGAUCUCCGAAUGUCAUGUGUGCCUUCUCCGACGACGGCCGUUGGCUCUUGUGCUCCGGCAUCGAUACAGUCCUCCGGCAGUAUGCCUUGCCCGAAUAUAAGGCGGUCCCCGACAGGUUUGACCUGCCGUCCGCGCGCGCGAAUGCCGCGACGAACUUUCGGCGGUCCUUCUAUCUCAAGGGGUCGCGGCGCUUCGUCACAGGCGGCACCGAAGAGAGUAUGGUGCGCAUUUUCGAUGUCAACAGUGGCGAGAAUCUCGGGCACAUUUCUUUCCGCGACGUCCUCCCACAGUGUGCUAGGCAAGGAGAGACGAGCAGGCUGGGCCCCUACCCCAACAGAGACCGUUCGCCCCACCGUAAUUCUGUGUACGCUGUGCGGGGGCGCCUCGGAGAGGAACUGCGGAGGAGGAGCGACAGGGCGCAGCAGGGUGGCGGAGGGAGAGACGAGAGCCUGGAAAGGCGAUUCGAUCGAGACAGGCAGGAAGACGGCGAAGCCGAGUUAGCCCCUUCAAGAAACGCGUUAAAUACGGUCGGUUCGGCCCUGUCUUCCGCGGCCGCCGCCAGGGCGUCUCCUUCCGGCUGUCGCGAAGGGGAAGAGACUUCCCGUACGCGAGGCAUUCGUGAACUUUCGCAGAGAAGAGUUCUACGGACACGAAACGGGAGACGCUUGUGGGCGUCUCAUUUCCCGUUGCAGUCCGCCCAAGAUGAACUGGAGGGGCCCGACACAGAUAGCGAGGGAGUCUUGGAGGAUGACGCCGAGCCCCGAGAACGCUCGGCGGUUCCUCCUCCGUCUUCACCAGACCUGGGGGAGAGUGAGCACCGCACUCAGCUCUCAGCAGGUCCCUCGCGUUCGUUUGCUACUUCGAUUUCGCUGCCGUCUCUGUACUCUCCUGAGGUGUGGACCCGCGCGGCUUCCUUCGCAGCCGCUGGAGGCGAGUUCUUCUGGGCGGCACUGCGGGAGCUGUACGUACACUUCCAGUGGCGACUCCUUCAGAUGGAUCAGCAGAACAAGCGGCACUUAAGAGAAGAAAAUGUCGUCCAGGCUUACAGUCCGAGCGUCCCCGCAGCUAGCGAGGAGUACAUACAGUCGCUCCGGGGACAUCCUUGUGAUGAAAACGCGUUCGCUGCGCUCGUUGCAAUGUCAGUUAACACCCCGUACAGUGAACGGGAGAGAGGGCGCGAAGUCGAGGCAAGCGCGCCGUCCCAAACGCCCCGCACGCAAAAGGCAUUCGUUGUUCUCACCCAACUCGACAAACCGAGAGGGCGGAGCGUGGACUAA